GACCAUGCCGGCCGAUUUUCUGCCGCCCAAUCAAUCUCUGCUGUUCUUCGUCGAAUCGUUUGCUCUCAAAGCGCUGAAGAGCUUCUUACCCUACUCAUCGGUGGCUGAGCGAAUUUGUUUUGAAAUGGAGACGGAUUGGUUAGACUCAUCAGAAUCUCGUUUGAAUGACAAGAAAUAUAUCAAGGAACUGGAGAAGGAGCUAAAGAACUGCUCUCUUGAAAUAGGUUACCUUCAGGAUCAGCUAGGACUGCGUAGUAUCGAGGCGAAUUGUAUGAGUGAGCUUGUUCACAGCCUAGAACUGAAGCUUGCCGGUGUGGGAAUGUUGCAGGGGAAACCAAUGCUGUUGACUGAGAAACUAGUGCAGUCUGAUGACAAAUGCCUUCAGCUGACUCAGGAAAUAAAAAGCAAAGAUGAAGAUUUCAAAAAUUAUGCAAUGCGGAUAGAGGAACUUGAAGCGGCGAUAUCAUCUACUGCUUUGGAAUCUCAAUGUGAGAUAGAGAGCCUGAGACUUGAAAUGAUAGUUUUGGAGGAGAGAUGCUUUCAAGCAGAAAGUUUGAGCCAGCAGAUGGUUCAAGACAAAGCUAAGAUGUAUGAACUCUGGGAGGAAUAUGAAAUGCAGCUACAUGAAUCACAGGAUACAAUUAGCUUCCUUGAGAUGGAAAAUAAUCGACUAAAAAUAGAAUUAGAGAGAUCUGAGAAUAAAUUUAAAGGAUUGCAUUGUAAAAUUGAAGAGCAACUAUCUAACUGGUUCGAGGAGAUUAGCAGGACAAAUUUUAGCAUGCAUGGAGAACCUCAUAAUAGCUCAUCCUCUGGCGAAAAUGAAAAGCCUUCUUCGUUCAGUGGAAUCUGCACUUGUGAAGAAGUUUUGUGCCCAUUGGUUUCAAAGCUUGCUCUCAUAACAGCUUGGGACGAGAAUAUGAAGGAUGAGAUGCAGAAGAUGGCAUAUGAAAUACAGGAAUCUGAGCUUCUGGUGGAGAAGCUUAAGGAAGAACUGAAGGAGGAAAAAUUGAAGGCAAAGGAAGACGCGGAAGAUCUUACUCAAGCAAUGGCUGAAUUGAGGUAUGAAAUCACAGGCAUGCUUCAGGAUGAGUGUAAACGCCGGGCUUCUAUAGAGCAAUCCUCUCUUAGACGAAUCCAAGAUUUAGAAGAGCAGGUACAGAAGGAGCAAAAAAAAUUUCUUUCAGUUAUAAGAUUUUUACAAGAAGUACAUAAAGUAUCCGAAACGAAUUGUAAUGAAGUUCAAGCAUCCGAGGUACGAGAUGAUGAUUUUCAACACUUACGAGAGGGCUCACAUCAGAUAACAAACCUAGAAGCAGCGCAGGCGCAGAAAAUUGUUUUGCCCUGUUGCAGUGGCAAUGGCAUUCCAGACAACCUAUUGGAUUAUUUAACUAACUCAAUAAUGGAUCAUUCUGAUAAUAGAAAUAGAAGGCUUUCCAAUUCAGCUUCAUUAGAGUGGAAGCCCAGUUCAAGUUUUCUGAUUGACGAAAUACCCAAAUAGGACACUUUACAUAGACUACACAACAUUAGAGUUAUUUUAUAUGGCUUGUGACAGCCUGCUGAUGUGAUGCAUCUCGUGCUUCCUGGUU